GAGAGGGGGCAGGGAGAGACCCUCGGCCGGCGUGUGGUACGGAGUGCGCGCCCGGCUCCGCGCAGGCGCAGUGGCGCCCUACCGCCCCUUCCCAACCUGGGCCUGGCGGCGCGUGGAGGGGCGGGAGGUCGCAGGGACUAGAGGGCGUUGCCUCCCAGCCUGACGCCCAGUGGGCGUCGGUUCUCUCAGGGGUCUGAGGUGGGGGCCGGCGGAUGGCCGUGGCCGUGGCCCAGGUCUGGGCGGUGGGGCGCGGCCGCUUUGCGCCUGUGUCUCCGGGGUUACCUGUGUCUGGAGGUGAUUUGAAGGGCAGGGGGCGGAGAGGUUACGGCUCGCCCGCGGCCUCGUUCCGGAGCCUCCCUGUCCCCAGCCGACCUGCGGGCCGCGCUCUGCAGCCUGCGCAUCCUCCACCUGUAUAGCGGUCCCGUCAGGAAGGCCGGCCCGGGUGGACCGGCCCAGGGCCCUGCACCCGGGCAAGAUGGCCACGCCUCCGGCUGAGACGGCGCCUCUGGGACACCGUUGGGGACAGAGGUACCCACACUGCCCGCGUUCCCCGAAGACCGGCUUUCUUCACGGGCUCUACCAUUCCCACCCCUUUGGCCCCACUCCAUGACAACCACUUUUCCAUCUUCUCCCCUUCUUUGGUCUCCCCCACCCCCAUGCCCUCCUAUUCAGCCACUUCUCCAGGCUCCCCAGCUACCUCUCUCUCAGAUCCAGGCCCUCAGCUCACCGUGGGUGGUUAUCCCUCCAGAAAAGGGGGAGGAGGGACUGGGACCGGAAUUACAUGGGGGCUGCCUGGAUGGACUUAGAAGUCUAUUUGAGAGACCCCCCUGCCCCUAUCCUGGGGCUCUGAUACCCUUCCAAGCCCCUGGGACCUCCCACCCUUCUCCUGCCACCCCAUCAGGGGAUCCCAGUAUGGAAGAGCACCUGGCUGUCAUGUAUGAGAGACUGAGACAAGAGCUUCCCAACCUGUUCCUUCACUCCCAUGACUACACUCUAUACUCAUCAGAUGUGGAAUUCAUCAAUGAGAUCCUGAAUAUACGUACCAAAGGCCGGACAUUGUACAUUCUGUCACUGACCCUCUGCCGCUUCCUGGCCUGGAACUAUUUUGCACAACUUCAGUUAGAGGUUCUACAGCUGACCCGCCACUCCGAGAAUUGGACCCUGCAAGCCCGUUGGCGGCUUGUGGGGCUGCCCAUCCACAUGCUCUUUCUGCGUUUCUACAAGCGUGACAAGGAUGAGCUUUACCGGACCUAUGAUGCCUAUUCUACUUUCUACCUGAAUUCCAAUGGCCUCAUUUGUCGCCAUCGCCUAGACAAAUUGAUGCCUUCACACUCACCCCCAACGCCUGUGAAGAAGCUGCUAGUGGGAGCCCUGGUGGCCCUGGGGCUGUCGGAGCCAGAACCCAACUUGCACCUGUUUUCCAAAGCCUGAUCCAGGAAUGGAGAUGGAGACAGCACUUGAAGACUUUGUUAUGCACAAGAGACAGGGGUGGAGGUGGCAAGGAAUCUCAGUAGCCAGCUUCUUUUCCCGAUUCUCCUUCCUUCCUUUCCAUCUCAUGCUGUGUAAAGCUGCUGUGUAACUUAACUUGUAAAUAAUAAAGCUUAAAUGAAUAUAUGA